CUUGUUUCAGCCGCAAACAAAACAUCAGCUGAUUCCGUCAACAUAAUAACUCAAAUGUAAAGAUGUGAAAAAAAGGAAAAGAAAAGAAGGAAAAAAAAGUCAAUAAUAACCAAGUUUAAUACACUUUCCAUGCUCUUGUGAAGUGUAAGAGAAUGGAGUGUGUUAGGAGAUAAGAUCCUUGCCUACGAACCCCAAGACUGCUGGUGCUGAUGCUGGUUCAAUGGGCAGUCGACAUCAGAUCCACUGACUUGUGGAGACAAAGUUACCAAACCUAUUGUAAGGUUCUCCGUUCUCGCUUCUGCUCGUGGCUCUUACGGUCAUAGGAUGCUACGGGAAGACUUCAGUGAUUUGCCCAGACUGAGACACUGGGAUUUCAAGACGAAAAAUGUCAACCUUGGGACAAUCAAGAGUCUGGACAGUGUCCGCCUUGGCCAGCUGUCAAGUUUUCGGUACAGAUCCCAGCUCAAUACUUGCCUUGCAGCCAGUCACAUUUUGUCAGACGUAACACUUACUCAGGCAGAACAGAUUGGCACAACCUUUGUAACACAUGCUGACUUGGAGUGCGUUGACUCGCAGUACUUACUCUGUGGUCUGAGUGAUGGCGGUGUUGCAAUCUACGACACAUUGUCCAUUAAAGAAGGAAGGGUUUACGCUGAGGUUGGAUCAGUUAAGGAGGCCAGAGAGGGAGCCAUAAGUAUCAGAAAUAUUCAAAAAUUGAUAAUUAUUCAGCAGUACAUCCCAAUAGACCUAUUGUGUAUAGUUGACUGUGUCCAGUGGUACCCAGCAGAUACAGGACUCUUCACAACCUCCAGCAGAGACAAGAAAGUAAAGAUAUGGGACCCCAAUUGCAUGAAGCCGGUUGACCAGUUUCGCUUAGAAUGCCAUGUCCUGCACCACCACAUGUCACCUGUUGCAACGAAACAUUCACUUCUCUCAGUUGGAGCUGAUACGGGUGAAGUGAUCCUUUGUGACAUGCGCAGUGGUUCAUCAGCCCACCGUCUGCUUGGGCACAUUGGGCCAGUGAAUGUGACUCAGUGGUCACCCAGCAAUCAGCAUAUUCUAGCAUCAGGUGGAAGGGACCAAACCAUCAAAUUGUGGGAUGUGCGUGCAGGGAGGGCCCACCUCAUGGACCUGGAUAUGGAGAACCGCACCGAGACACCCAACAGGAAGAAGCGAGCCAAGAGGACCCCUGUGGCUCACAAGAACCGAAUCACCUCCCUUUGCUUCACCACUGACGGCCUGUGGUUGCUCUCCUUCAGCUAUGACAACGACUUGCGACUGUGGAAUUCAGCCAGUGGUGAGAACAUGAUGGUGGACUAUGGUGAGACCUACACAGAGCUCAAGCGACCUCUGCGCAUGUCCGUGACUACCAAUACCUACCCUGACCUGGUGUUCAUCCCUUCUGAGAGCAAGAUCUUGGUGUAUGAGAUCUUCUCCGGGAAGAUGGUCAAUGUUCUUACGGGACAUUUCUCCACGGUGUUAGGGGCAGUGUACAACCCCUCCUCCAUGGACCUAUAUAGCUUUGGCACCGAUCGUAAUUUCAUAACAUGGACACCCAAGAGGUUAUUGACAAACGAUUUACCAGAAGAGGAGGAAGAGGAAGAGGAGGAGGAGGAGGAAGUGGCAGAGGCAGAAAUAGUGGAAGAGAUACAGGUGGAGGAGAGAGGAAGAGAGAGAAGGAGAGUGAGAGGUGCAGGUGGAGGACCAAGAAGGAAGACUAGAGGUCAGGUGACUCAAGAUACCUGGAGCAGUGAUGAAGAUUAAACUAACUCUUAAGGUAGAAAUAUCAGAAUAUAUUUUUAUACGUGGUGCAUCUUAGGAAAUGGUAACAUUCACCAAAGUAUUAAAAAGAUAAAAAAAAAAGUUGAAAAAUAUCCAUAGGCACAAGAAUUUACAUUUUCAUACCCCUGCAGUGGUCAGUGAUGUAGAAUAACACAAAGAGAUAUGCAGAAUUUGUGAGAACAUAUGCAGUCUGCUCUUUACAAAUCUGAAAUCAGUUUAUUUUUCUUUCCUUUUUUUCCAGUUGAAGAGCAAGAUGAUUUUGUUUAGGCUUCAGAACGUGUAAGGAAAACGUUUCAAAAUAUAAGACAUUUCAGAUAUUUUGGAAUUCUUCAUAUACUAAAAAAGAUGUUUCAGAACCUGUAAAUUGUUGCAUUUGAUUAGGUGUAGGAAAACUUUGUAUAAAGUGAUUAGCUUUGUAUUGUUAAAAUCCUAUGAUUAAUGGAACAUUUGUGUUAAGGAAAUUGUACUUUAUUAUAGCUAUAUUUAUUAUUGGAAGUAAAAUAUAGACCCUUAGAA